AUUACGGUAAGUGGGAUGUGAAAAUAAAGCCACAAAGAAGUGAGUAGAGUAGUUGACGCUCGGAUGGAUUCGUGUACAUCGGUCUUUCACACAGAUAAUCGAUGAGCUAAACGAAACCGCCAUUUUUCUCCAACGUAAAUGUAUUACCGGUAAAAAGAAUGACGGAAAUAUUUUCACCUCCGUUCGGGCAAAAUGACCCUCAGGGACAGCCCGUGUCUUCGUCGUUGGCUUUCGGACAAGGGAAACCUCCGCCGCCGAUGCCGCAAAAUCAAGUCCCUAUGACGGGACAGAUUCCACCCCAGCUCGGGGAUGAAGGGCCUGCUCUGCGGAAGCCUGGAGCCAUGAAUGAACCCUUCUACUUAUUACGAGAGCUUCCUGUUGGAAACGAGUUAACGGGAAACACCAACCUCAUCACGCACUACAAUCUGGAACACGCCUACAACAAAUUCUGCGGAAAGAAGGUGAAGGAGAAGCUCAGCAACUUUCUGCCAGAGUUACCAGGUAUGAUCGACUGCCCUGGCUCUCAGGAUGGCAGUUCAUUGCGUUCCCUAAUCGAUAAACCGCCAGUUUGUGGGAACUCCUUGAGCCCGCUGACUGGAGCUCUGCUCACAGGCUUCCGACUACACACAGGCCCGCUCCCAGAACAGUACAGACUGAUGCACAUACAGCCUCCAAAGAAGAAAAGUAAACACAAACACAAGCACCAUCGACCUCAGGACCCAUUACCACAAGAAACUCCGUCAGACUCUGAUCCCAAGAAGAAGAAGAAAAAGAGGGACGAUGAUCCAGACCGCAAGAAAAAGAAGAAAGACAAGAAAAAGAAGAAGAGCCGCCACAGUCCCGACCACCCCGGCCUCGCUGGAUCACAACCCAACAGCAACAGCCUCAGAUAGACGGGAGUCCACUGUGUGCAUGCCAGUUGGAAUGUGUGGGUUUUGUAAUAGGAUGAGUGUGUUUUACAGGUAAUUGUAUUAUUAAAAGUAUGUUUAUUGAGUGAAACGUGCCUGAAUGAUUUGUAUAGGUGUGUGUGUGAGUGUGUGAGUGAGCAGCGACACAGUGGAUGUCGACGAUGCAGAGUUGUUACAAAACAGUGUAAAAAGCCAGAGCAGCUGUGUGGUGUGGAGGAUGGCUGAGGAACCACUGUAUGUAUGUUGCAGUUUCAUUUUGUUUAUGAGCAUAAUGCCAAAAUCAAAUAAACUUUGGUUAUUAUCUUUGGUUGGAUCUGCCUAUUUUAUCUAAUCUUUUCCCCCCUUUGUGUCAGUGAAAUCAACUUAAUUGAAGCAAUCCUACCUGGACACCAUCCUAAAAAGGAGAAAAUAAAAAGGCAGCCGACCACAAAGUAUUAGAUAACGGAUUUCCU